GGCAAGCGGCACCGAGUCGUCUGGCAAGACAGUGGGCUCCGAGUCAACAGGCACGACAGUGGGCACCGGGUCAUCAGGUAUCGGAUUGUCUGGCUCGACAGCGGGCAUCGGGUCACCAGGUAUGACAGCGGGCACUGGGUCACCAGGCAUCAGGUCAUUUGGCUUGCCAGCGGGCACCGCGUCAUCUGGCAAGGCAGUGGGCACCGGGUCACCAGGUACCGGAUCAUCUGGAUCAACAGCGGGCAUCGAGUCAACUGGCCUAAUAGGAUCGUCGGGCUGGAUCAGUUCAUCAUGCUGAGUAGCGGCAUCAGGCUGAAUGCAGGCAUCAGGCUGAGGAGGCAUCAGGCUGAGGAGAGAGGCAUCCGGCUGAAGAGAGGCAUCCGGCUGAAGAGAGGCAUCAGGCUGAAGAGAGGCAUCCGGCUGAAGAGAGGCAUCAGGCUGAAGAGAGGCAUCCGGCUGAAGAGAGGCAUCCGGCUGAAGAGAGGCAUCAGGCUGAAGAGAGGCAUCCGGCUGAAGAGAGGCAUCAGGCUGAAGAGAGGCAUCCGGCUGAAGAGAGGCAUCCGGCUGAAGAGAGGCAUCCGGCUGAGGAGAGGCUUCAGGCUGAGGAGAGGC